AUGAUGUUUGUCUCCGGCGAAACAGCCGAGCCGUCCCCUGAGACAACCACCCUGAUUGAAGAAAUCACCCGCCAGCAAGUGAUUGAAAUUCUAACCCGCGGCACGGCACUGGCGACUCGCCGUGGCGUUCGCUCGAUCUCCACCGAUGAUCUCAUUUUCCUGAUCCGCCACGACAAGGCCAAGGUCUCUCGUCUUCGAACCUUCCUUUCCUGGAAAGACGUCCGCAAGAAUGUCAAGGACUCCGACGACAAAGGCGGCGGUGACGCUGCCGACUUCGCUGCGGCCGACGAUGCGGCAGGCGUAGUUGCAGGCCCAACGGAUGUUGCCGCCAAGCCUAAGAACAAGCGAGCCAAGGUCGGACUUGCCUGGGACGUCAACAGCUACUACUCGAUCCAAAUUCCCGAGCGCGAGGACGAAGAGGAUGAGGAAGAGGAGGAACAGAACUACGCGACCCUCCAGCGUCUUGCUGCGGCCGAUGAGCGCACCCGCCACAUGACGAAGGAGGAGUAUGUUUUCUGGUCCGAGUGUCGCCAGGCCUCAUUCACCUACCGCAAGAGCAAGCGUUUCCGCGAGUGGGCUGGCUUUGGCAUCGUGACUGAGUCCAAGCCGAAUGAUGAUAUCGUCGAUAUCCUUGGCUUCCUCACUUUUGAGAUCGUCCAGACCCUGACCGAGCAAGCUCUCAAAGUCAAGGAGCGCGAAGAUAACGAGAAGAGUCGCCGCGGUGGUACUGAGACUGGAGAGGACGUCAAGAAGCGCAAGCGUGAGACCGGCCUGUUCGACCCCCCUGAGGAGGGUCGCACUCCUAUUGAGCCGCGCCAUGUUCGCGAGGCCUACCGUAAGCUGCAGGCUACUCCCCAGAAGUCAGUCGCUAUGCUGUUGCAUGGGGGCCGUGUUCCUUCCCGUCUCCCUCUCGUUCUGAUUUAA